CUUAACUUUAAAAAGAAAGAAAAAAAUGAUAAGAGGUGUUUCAAAUUUAAGAAAAAAUAAGCAAUUAUUUGCUUCAUUAAAUAGAAAUGUUUUAUUAAAUAAUAAAUUUACAUCAACUACCACAGAAAAAUCAUUCAAUAUUUUAGAUGGUACAGUUGAUAAAAAUUCAGUUGAAUUCAAAACCAAUUUAAGUAGUAUGAUGGAAACAGUUAAAGAAUUAAAUCAACAUCUCGAAAAGAUUAAAUUAGGUGGUGGUGAAAAAUUAAAUCAAAAGAAUAAACAAAGAGGAAAAAUGUUAGCACGUGAACGUAUUGAUGCACUUAUUGAUACUGGAUCACCAUUUUUAGAGUUUUCACAAUUAGCAGGUUUUGAUAUGUAUGGUAAAGAUGAAGUUCCAGCCGGUGGUAUUAUUACUGGUAUCGGUAAAAUUCAUGGUCAAGAAUGUGUUAUUGUUGCUAAUGAUAGUACAGUCAAAGGUGGUACUUAUUUCCCAAUCACUGUUAAAAAACAUUUAAGAGCUCAAGAGAUUGCAUUAGAAAAUAAUUUACCAUGUAUUUAUUUAGUUGAUAGUGGUGGUGCCAAUUUACCACGUCAAGCUGAUGUUUUCCCAGAUCGUGAUCAUUUCGGCCGUAUUUUCUAUAAUCAAGCCAAUAUGUCAUCAAAGAGAAUUCCACAAAUUGCUGUUGUUAUGGGUUCUUGCACUGCUGGUGGUGCUUACGUACCAGCUAUGGCUGAUGAAUCUGUUAUCGUUAAAGGUACUGGUACAAUCUUUUUAGGUGGUCCACCACUUGUCAAAGCUGCUACUGGUGAAGUUGUCUCUGCCGAAGAUUUAGGUGGUGCCGAUCUCCAUUGUAGAACAUCCGGUGUAACUGAUCAUUAUGCUCGUGAUGAUGCUGAAGCCCUUGCUAUCACUCGUCGUAUCGUUUCAAAUCUUAACAGAAAGAAACAACCAUCCGUUACAAUUACUCCAGUUGAAGAACCACUUUAUCCAUCUCACGAACUUAGCGGUAUUGUUCCAUCAGAUUUAAAGAAAAAUUUCGAUAUGCGUAAGGUUAUUGCCCGUGUUGUUGAUGGUAGUCGUUUCGAUGAGUUCAAAGAACUCUAUGGUACCACUUUAAUUUGUGGUUUUGCCCGUGUUCACGGUAUGCCAGUUGGUAUUGUCGCCAAUAACGGUAUUCUUUUCAGCGAAAGUGCUCUUAAAGGUGCUCAUUUCAUCGAAUUAUGCAACCAAAGAGGCAUUCCAUUAUUAUUCCUUCAAAAUAUCACUGGUUUUAUGGUUGGUAAAGCUUAUGAAAGCAAAGGUAUCGCUAAAGAUGGUGCUAAAUUAGUUAUGGCUGUUGCUACCGCCAGAGUUCCAAAGAUCACUGUUGUUGUUGGUGGUAGUUUUGGUGCUGGUAAUUAUGGUAUGUGUGGUCGUUCAUACUCACCACGUUUCAUGUAUAUGUGGCCAAAUGCCAAAAUCUCUGUUAUGGGUGGUGAACAAGCUGCCUCAGUUUUAGCUCAAAUCCAAAAAGAUAAUAUGGCUAAAGAAGGUAAACAAUGGCCAGCCGAAGAAGAGGCUGCAUUCAAAAAACCAAUCUCUGAUAAAUACGAAAAAGAAGGUUCAAUCUAUUACAGUUCAGCUCGUUGUUGGGAUGAUGGUGUCAUCGAGCCACAAGAUACCCGUAGUGUUAUUGCUUUAAGUUUAAGUGCUUGUUUAAAUCAACCAAUCAAUCCACCAGAAAAUGGCUUUGGUGUAUUUAGAAUGUAAAAAAAUAAAAUAUAUUAAAUAUAAAAACU